CACUAACCACUUCUGAAUCCUAACCAACAAAGCUUCUCCUUUCCGAUUUUUACCGGGAAAUCGGUUUCAGAUGGAUAGGCCUGAGGAAAUCGAAGAAACCUCCGCCGGACCUUCUUCCGGAUCCACGAAAUUGAAGCUCGCAAACAGAGCAGAUCCUUUCCUUGUUGUUUGCAGAUGCUUCAGCGUCGUUACCUCUCUCAUCGCCAUUCUCUGUGUUGUCGUUAAUGUUCUCGCUGCCGUUCGCUCCUUCCGAGACAGCCACGAUAUCUUCGAUGGAAUAUUCCGGUGUUAUGCUGUGGUGAUUGCUUGUUUUGUUGUUCUCGUUGAGACCGAAUGGGGUUUCAUUCUCAAAUUUUCCAAGGUUCUUGAAUUCUGGGCUGGUAGAGGAAUGCUUCAGAUUUUUGUUGCUGUGAUGACAAGAGCUUUCCCUGACUAUAUGGCUCAAAAGAAGGAUUUCCUGCUUUUACAGAACAUCGCAAGCUACUUGCUUCUUGCUUGUGGUGUUAUCUAUGUCAUUUCAGGAGUUCUCUGCAUCGGCUUUCUGAAGCGUGCUCGACAGCAGAAGGAAGUUUCAAGAGAACAAGCCGUCAAGGAUCUUGAGGAGAUAGCCCGACGCAAGGAAGAGUUGGAACAAUUGCUCCUGGAGCAUCGGAGUAGAGACGACGAUGUGUGAAUGUGAUCACAAGUACAGCUUCAGUGAAUGGACGCCAUCUGUUUCUUUUUGUAUUAAAGGAUUGUGUGAGCUCUCUGUUUUCAUCCUCCCACUUGGAUAAUAACAGCAGAUUUUUUGU